GAAACGGUCACGUACAAGGUAUUGAGUUUCGCUUUCUGAAAGUUUCGAGCUCGAGAGAACACCAAAGCGAUUAUCUGACUCGACGACAAUAACGAUUUACGAAACCCCGGUGCGAAGAAGUGAUAAACGGAGAGAGAGUCAAAAGGAACGUUCAGGAGAGGGUGUAAGCUGGUGGAUUUAUAAUUUGGCGGCAAAGGACAGCAGUACAAGAUGGGCGCUACAGUCUCAUGGAUGUCGGGGUUGCUAUGGUCGAAGAAAGAGAUCAGGAUAUUGAUUUUAGGACUGGAUAAUGCCGGCAAGACAACACUGUUAUACAGACUGAAGAUUGGGGAAGUUGUUACAACAAUACCCACAAUAGGCUUCAACGUCGAGUCCGUAACAUACAAAAACUUAAAUUUUAAUGUCUGGGAUCUCGGCGGACAAACAUCCAUACGGCCGUACUGGCGAUGUUACUACGCCAACACAGCAGCCGUGAUCUUCGUUAUCGACUCCACGGAUAUUGACCGAUUGGGCACAGCGUCAGAGGAGCUGGCAGCGAUGUUGAACGAGGAUGAACUGAAGGAUGCAGCGUUGCUUGUGUUUGCAAAUAAGCAGGACCAACCGGGAGCGAAGGGUGCCGGGGAGAUAAGUGAGGCGUUGAAGCUGGGGGAGCUGAGGGAUCGGAAUUGGAGUAUUGUUGCUUGUAGUGCGGUGGAUGGGAGCGGUGUUGAUGAGGGAAUGGACUGGCUCGUGCAAACGGUGCAACAGGAUUCAUAAGCAGAGCUGGGAGGGCCAGCUUGUAUCAUCACUGCGACGCCAUUUUGGUAUACGACGGAGUACAGCACAUACACGGCGAGUAGAAGAUUAAUGGUUCUUCUGGAUGCGGCUAUCGUGGCUGCUAAUGCAUUUAUGGUGAUAGCUCGUUGAGAAGGGGCGCAGAGGGAAUGUGUUUUACUGAUACGAUACACUGCAUUAGCCGGGGCAUGAAUUCUAGAUUUUCUAAUGGACGGAUGUCUAUGGCAUCGGUUUUCUGAGAAACCUGUUACCACGCUCCUCUGCAUAAAUUACCACAGCCUUCUUCGACCGGUAUAGCAAGUGCUGAAUGUAGCAAUCCCCUGGAAGUUUUCCAAAAGAAAGCCCACGCUCUGUUCCAUCGGUUCAGCAACCUCGA